AUGGCAACUUUAAAUGAAAAAAAGACCUGCAGCGAGAGGAUGGAAAAUUUCCGUCGUUUUGUCUGGAAUCCAGAAACAAAGCUCUUCAUGGGAAGAAGCUUAAUUAACUGGGUGUGGAUCAGCUUGUACUAUCUGGCUUUCUACGUGGUGAUGUCAGGGCUGUUUGCACUCUCCAUCUAUUCUUUAAUGAGGACAAUUAAUCCAUACGAGCCGGAUUACCAAGACCAGCUGAAAUCCCCAGGUGUAACCUUACGACCGGACGUUUAUGGGGAUAGAGGACUACAAAUUUAUUACAAUGUAUCUGACAACAAAACCUGGGAAGGUUUAGUGACAACUCUUGAAACUUUCCUGACAGCAUAUACACCAGCUGCUCAGCAUCUGAACAUCAACUGCACCAGUGACACAUACUUCAUCCAGGACACAUUUGAUGGCCCAAAUAAAACAAAACUAUCCUGUAAAUUUACCUCAGAUAUGCUUCAAAACUGCUCUGGCCUCACAGAUCCGACUUUUGGAUUUCCAGAAGGAAAACCCUGUUUUAUUAUAAAGAUGAAUAGGAUUAUCAAGUUUUUCCCUGGCAAUGGCACUGCACCAAGGGUGGACUGCACAUAUGGGGGUGACGAGCCUCACCCACUGGAGGUGGAUUACUACCCCGUGAAUGGCACCUUCAACCUGCACUACUUCCCCUACUAUGGAAAAAAGGCACAGCCCAGCUACAGCAAUCCUUUGGUAGCUGUGAAAUUUCUCAACAUUACAAGGAAUGUAGAACUUAAGAUAGUGUGCAAAAUCAUCGGAGCCGGAAUUACCUAUGAUGUUCAUGAUCCGUAUGAGGGAAAAGUGGAAUUUAAAUUGAAAAUAGAAGACUGA